AUGGCUUUCAACGUGCAUUAUGGCGGGAAAAAAUAUGACAUAAAUAAGUUUUUACGCGACCAUCCGGGCGGCGUUAACAGUUUGGAGGAAUAUAGGGGCAAGUCCAUAACACAUGUUAUGAAAGCCUACGGCCAUAGCGACAGUGCCUAUCACAUGUUAAGUGACUUUCAAGUGGAUAUAUCGAAUGGCAUCAGUGAAAAUGGAAGGAUUAAAACCAAGGAAGAGAGUUUCAGAAGUUCGAAGGAGAUUGAGUUUUUGGAGGAACUAGAGAGCAGACUCGAUUGGUCGAAGCCACUCCUCUGCCAACUGGACAAGAUAUCACCACACUAUGACAAAUGGGUGAACAGCGCAGUAUACAGGAAGUGCAGACUAUUUUCCAGUCCUAUCCUAGAAAGCCUAACGUACACACCGUGGUAUUUGGUGCCUGUAUUUUGGGUGCCCAUUAUUUUAUAUCUUGUUUAUACUCAGUGGGUCGAGCAUGUGAUGUGUACAGAUAACUGUCAAGAUAGGAUAACGAUAGGCCAAUACGCUUAUCACGUGGUGUUCGGUGUCGUUGUGUGGAGCCUUUUGGAGUAUUCUUUGCAUCGAUGGGUGUUUCAUUACGACCCCGGUUCGUCUGUCACGUUGAUACAGAUACAUUUCCUUAUACAUGGGAUGCAUCAUAAGGUGCCGUUUGAUGGAUUAAGACAAGUAUUCCCGCCAAUUCCAGCUCUAGUCAUCACAAGUGUUAUAUCCAUUCCAGUGUGGCUGCUUUUAUCUUAUCCAGUAAUUAAAGUCACCGGUGGUCUUAUUGGAUAUCUGACGUACGACAUGAUUCAUUACUACGUGCACCACGGCUCGCCUCGCGACGGGUCAUAUCUUUACGCGAUGAAGAGAUAUCACUCCAAUCAUCAUUUCGUCAACCACGAUAAAGCAUUCGGCAUAAGCAGCAAAUUUUGGGAUUUGGUGUUCGACACGUAUGUGCAAGUGAAGAAAUUAAGAUUUAGUUUGAGAUGGUAG